AUGGCAAGUCAGAAAUGGGUGGCAAAGAAGCUCGAAAAAAGGCUCCGAACUCAACCUCACAUGACCCUUAGUGAGGCAUAUGAGCACAUCAAAAUCGACUACAAUGUCAUAAUAAAUGGAAAGAUGGUAUAUAGGGCUCUGAAAGAGGCUAGAGAGCGUUUGAUUGGCAAUGAGAGGGCACAAUAUAGUAAGUUGAGAGAAUACCUGGCUGAGUUGUUGAGGAGUAACCCAGGGAGCCAUACGAUUUUGGAUGUGACACCAAUUCCCCAAUCACCUCCACAGUUUAGCAAGCUAUACGCUUGUUUAGAGGCAUGUAAAAGGGGAUUUAAAGCUGGGUGUAGAAAACUAAUCGGACUUGAUGGAUGUUUUUUGAAGGGUUACUUUGGAGGUCAAUUGUUGUCGGCUGUGGGUCAAGAUGCAAACAAUCACUUCUAUGUGAUUGCGUAUGCUAUUGUGGAUAGUGAAACUAAAGAAAGUUGGAAGUGGUUCCUUACUUUACUGCAAGAGGAUCUUGGAGAUCAAUAUAUCCAUGGGUGGAAUUUUAUCUCAGACCAACAAAAGGAAUGUGCUAAAUGCACUACUGAUGCAGAAUUUCAAACAAGCAUGCAAAAGUUGAAAAGGAUCAAUGAAGAAGCAUGGAGCUACCUUGCAAAAUUCGAGCCGACAUGCUGGACCAAGGCUCAUUUCAGUCACGGGCCAAAAUAUGACAACCUCACCAACAACAUGUGCGAGGUUUGGAACGCAAAAAUAGUGAAUUAUCGUUCUAAACCGAUUCUAACGAUGUGUGAGGAACUCCGGUGCUAUAUCAUGAGGAGAAUGACCAAAUACAAGCAAGUGUUAGAGACACACAUAGGCACUCAAGUGGCUCCUACUCAACAAAAGAGGCUUGAUGACAUAAUGAAAGGUGUGAGAUAUUGGCACCCAGUGUGGGUUGGUGACGAUGAGAGGCGAAUCUUUGAGGUGCAACAAGGAUCUACAAAGGUUUCUGUGAAUCUGUCUCAGAACAAGUGUCUCCCGUGUGUCCAUGCACUUGCUGCCAUUGCUAGAAGAGGGGAUAGACCUGAAACAUAUGUGCACCCACUGCUGAAGAUUGGGGCAGCACUAGCUACAUAUCAACACUGCAUUCAACCAGUUAAUUCGGAGGAAUAUUGGGAGAAGACAAUAUAUAUGAAUCCGAUUCCACCAAAGUUGAAGAGGCCAGUAGGCAGACCAGUGAAGAGAAGGAGAAAAGAACCAUUUGAGAUUGAAGCUAGCAGAACUAAUGGCACCAAAGUGAAGAAAACAUUUAGGGUCACUUGUAGCAAGUGUGGAGAAACUGGCCACAACUACAAGACCUGCAAAGGCCCACCAGCAACAACAACUAGAAGACCAACCAAUCCAAAUAGGAGAACAACAUCGAGAGCUGGUUCUAGUUCUGAAACCUUAAACCAAAACGCCGAAGAGGUCAACAUCUCUCAAUCAGCCCCACAAACACAAAGUGUAAAUGUUAAUGCGCAUCAAGUUCUGUCAGAAACACCAAAUUCGGGUUUAAUGCCUAAUAUGGUAACUAUGACAUCACCAUCAUCGCAAGGUCAGGCAAAUUUUCAAGUGCCAAUUCCACAUAGUGCUAGAGCCAAGCAACCUAUCAUCAGGCCAUAUAAACCACCCCCCAUUCAGUCGAGCAUUCCACCACCAAUUUCACCACCUACAACAACUGGAGGGGUCUCAGCUGAAACAAUGGCAACUGCCAGUAAGGGUACUGCAUCAAGGAUGUUCCAAUUUAUUCCAAAUCCCGAUUUCAAGCAUCCAAGAAAAAAGUGA